AUGUCUUUAACAUAUAUUUCUCAACAAAUUGUCGUCUAUAGUGGAAUUAUUUUCCUUGUUCUUGGAAUAUUCGGUAAUACGAUGAAUGCUUACAUCUUUUCCAGUGUUGCUGCAUACCGGCAAGUACCUUCGACAUUUUAUUUUCUGGUUCAAUCAAUAUUCGAAAGCAUUUUUCUAAUUAUCAAUCUUCUGCCUCGUGUUAUUGCUUUCAGCUACGGAUACGAUCUUACGAGUGUAUCUUCCCUAUGGUGUAAACUACGACAAGCAAUUCUCACAAUAUCAGGUAGUGUGUCCAUUACUGUGAUAUGCCUUUGCGCCAUUGAUCAAUAUUUGGUCACGUCAUCGAAUGCAGCGUUCCGGCAUAUGAGUCAAAUGAAAGUCUCCUAUCGAAUUCUACUUGCUGUCAUCAUCUUCUGGUGUCUUCAUUCAAUUCCUUUUUAUUUGUACUUUGACAUCUCUCCCAUAACUAGAACAUGUGGUAGUCUCAAUGCUGCCCUUGCUAUUUAUCUCCCCAUAUAUUUUGUGCUGAUGUUUUGGGUGUUUCCAAUGUUGAUCACAAGUGUAUUUGGACGUUUAACUUAUCGAAACAUUCGUCAGACAAUAGCUCUGGCUGAGCAACGAGCAGAUCGUCAAUUAAUCAAAAUGACGUUCUCAGAAUUAAUUCGGACUUUAGUCUGUUGCACUCCAUUAGCGACGUUUCAUAUAUACAAUGCAAUUACAUCUGGCACUGCCAAAGAUCAGGAUCGAAUACUGAAAGAAUAUCUUGCAUAUACAAUUAUCAGUAGUAUCGCAACGUUUCAGUAUGUGCCAAGUUUCUUCAUUUUUCUUUUCUCAUCAAGCCGAUUUCGUCGGAGAGUGAAGGGUAGUCUGUACUUCAAACAACAAACAAAUUCAAUUGCUCCAACGAUUUAA